ACGUGGCGUGAGAAGAUGCCUGGUUUGGCUGAGCGGGUGAACUGUGGUCGGCAGAAUGAUCCGUGCUGGCCCCGCGGAGAUGCCGUUCUGCUGGCACAGUAUAAAGCACCUUUGUCAAAGAGUCUGUUAUUAGUCCCAAGUGCCAUCUCGAUUCUGUUGACUCUACUCUUCCAACAUUAUCAGAAGUUCUUUGCGUAUAACCUGCAAGCUAUAAAAGAGGAUUUUCAGAUUUGGAGACUUGUAUGUGGGAGAGCGAUAUGCCUCGAUCUGAAAGACACAUUCUGCAGCAGUCUGCUCAUUUACAACUUUAGAAUAUUUGAAAGAAGAUAUGGCAGCAGAAAAUUUUCAUCCUUUCUACUGGGUGCUUGGACGCUGUCAGCUUUGUUUGAUCUUCUCCUUGUAGAAGCUGCUCAGUAUGUAUUUGGCAUCACCAUCAACAGCUUGCCUUCUGGUUUCUUGGGUCCCGUGUUUGCUCUGUUUGUACCGUUCUAUUGCUCCAUUCCAAGAGUGCAGGUGACACAAAUACUAGGCUUUUUUUCUAUUACAAACAAGACAUUGGUCUAUAUACUGGGUUUACAGCUCUUAACCUCUGGUUCCUACAUCUGGAUUUUAGCCUUAAGUGGAUUGAUUUCUGGGAUUUGCUACAAUAGCAGUAUAUUAAAAGUUCAUCGAAUUCUUUGUGUACCCAGCUGGGUAGCAAAGAUAUUUUCCUGGACUCUUGAACCAAUCUUCUCGUCUGCGGAACCGACGAAUGAAAUCCGAGUGGGAAUGGGAGCAACAGUCGACAUCCAGAGGCAGCAGAGAAUGGAGCUACUGGAUCGACAAAUCAUGAUGUCUCAGGUUGCCCAAAUGAGGAGACAAAGGCAGCAGCAGGGUGGGAUGAUUAACUGGAAUAGACUGUUUCCUCCUUUACGUCAUAGACACAAUUAUCAAGAUCAUCACCCAUCUGAUCAAGACACACCUCCACCUACCGAGGUUUCUGAAGAACAGGUUGCACGACUUAUGGAGAUGGGAUUUUCCAGAGGAGACGCUCUGGAAGCUUUGAGGGCUUCAAAUAAUGACUUAAAUGUAGCCACUAAUUUUCUACUGCAGCACUGAUGAUUAUGUGAGUGAUGAAGGGAACUCUCCCCGUGGGUUUGUAUGCUCCUGAAGGGGACACAGCCACCUGCUGGACAGACUGAUGCAGGUCGGCCUCGCCGAGCCGGCAGGAAGGAGAAGUGGGUUCCGCGUGACUGCUUAGUGAAUGACGUGAGCUGUUCCCAAGCCUUUGAAUCAACCGGUGGUUUCUAUUCUGGUUAUCCUUUUCAAAGUAAAUUUAGUUUCUACUUAUUACUGGAUAUCACCUAAAUUUAUUUUUUAAAUAAAAUAGGUGUUUUUUUUCCUUGUAAAUCAUUGUUAGACACGUUAUCGAACUGAAUGACUAAGAAAACAUGCUCCUACAACCACAACAACCAGAUUUACCCAUCAAGGAACUUUGUGUUUUCUUUGUUUGCCCAUCUGAUUUCUCUAGCUUACAUGUUGUGUUACAGUACUUGAUUUCUAACUGCAGUAAUAAGGUGUUCGACAGUCACUUCAUGUUCAGCUCACUAAAGUGUUAUGAGAUUAUUAUGUCACUCCAGAAACUUUUAUUAAUGCCUGUAAUAUUUUGUUUCCUGAAUUCCAUUUUAAAUAAAAGUCGUCAUUCAGUACAUAAUAAUGCACAGAUAGGAUACAAGAAAAUUUAUAUGGCGUAUUACAAGCAAUGAUAAGUGACCACUGUACACUUAAAUUUUACAAAUGGAGUAAAUUGCUGUUCAGACACAGGGCAUGAGGAUACUCACUGGAAGAAAUAAAGGUGAAUUGAAUGAGACAACGAGGUCAGAACUGCAGUAAUUUGAAUGACAUCCACGUCUGAUUCAGACAGGCUUCUGUAUCAAUGGAUGUGUGCUGUGCCUGAUGCGCCAGGUUUGUAUUUUGAGCUGACUACAUACCGUCUUCAAGGAAAAAUAUAUAAAGCUAUCUUUUCUAUGUAGUUCUAAUUUUCUACUUUCAGAGUUGUGGGUGAUCCUCAUUUGCUGAAUCCUUUCGGUAUGAAGUAGUUAAUGGCAGAUGGAGUGCCAACCAUAAGAGUGGUUCAGAGUAACACAGGAGUCAACCGGACACUACUGCGAAGGUAGCAUAAUGCUGGCUUUGAAGUUUAGAUGGACAGGUAAACUUGUGUGGCUUGACUCUCAGCUGUGCUCAUUGUGAGCACCUUAGGAGCUUUAGGAGGUGGGUACAACACCAAGCUGAAGUAAUAUGGUAUUCCAAACUGCAACUCCAUGAAACCCCUCCAUACAUUUAAUGUCAGUUGUUUAUGUACUUUCGUUGGUAUGUUGGGUAUAUAUGUGUAUAUAUAUACAUACAGGCAUAUUUAACACAUACAUGUGUUCAGAAUAAGAUACAGGUCCUCAGGAGCAUAAGGUUAUAGUGGGUGAAAAGGGGAUGAGAUGAAAGAAUACUGGAAAGAGAAAGGUAUUUGGGAAAUCCAACAGGAUGCAUGUGUUCAUAAUGGACAUGUGUCCAGUUGCACUUCGCUUGGAAUAUUUGCUGGGGAAUUACAGCACAAUAUUUAGAAACUGAGAGAUACAUUGUUUUUUUUGUUGUUGAUGUUGUUUGUUUGAGGAUUUUUUUUAGUUCACUGGUAAGACUAAAAAGACUGAAAAAUUUAUUCAUCUUUAAGCACAUAACAUGCUUCUGUAAUAAAGUCAGUGUCCUGUG